AUUUUACUUUUAUAUCCUAUUUCCAGUAGUGGGCGUUCAUCCAGCCUAAACCAAAACAGAAGAGGGGGGAAGUCGCAGGAUUAUACCAUCUCUAAAGACACAUUUGGGGCAUGGAGAGCUCUGUAGGUCAGCGCUAAAAUUAGAAGCUUUCCUUCCGCGACAGCAGCCAAACUGCGGUGCAUAAAGUCAUGUAAACCGGGGGAUACUCUAUCACAAGGGCUGGCAGCAAACACAUGUUUCCAUGGGUGACAUUUAACGCUGGGACUAGAGAGGCUCCGUGCGUAACAGGAACAGCACUGGAUCUACUGCUGCGCAAAUAAUGAGCAUUUGGUAGUGAUUUUUGUAUUAUUUGGAGACGCCAUAUGUACACAGCUUCCAUGCGUGUCUGCAGAAAUGUCUUUUUUAUCCAUACCAAGCCAGGAGGGCCUUUUCACCACCAUUAAAAUCGACAAAUCUGCCGUGAACGCAGAGAGACACUGCAUGGACGACGAUGACGAUGAUGAAGACGAUGACAGCGAAAACGUGCACCUCAUCCCCAGAUGCUCCCCGGUGCCCAGGAAGAGAGGCCACUCCAUUUACGAUGAAACCGCAGAGUAUUUACGCAUCCAAUUGGCGCUGUCCGUGUACAAGAAGGUGCAAUUCGCCGACACAACAGGUGGGGAUCUAGUGGAUGUGAAGGAAUUUGUUGCCUUUGACUCGGACAGUGAAGAGGAGAGCGCACGGUGGGAGGAAGAGGAGGCAAAGUAUAGGAAGCCGGAGAGGGAGCCCACUUAUCAUGUGCACCCAGAGUUCAGUGCGCCAAGCGGGGGGUCCCUGCUGCAGGCUGUGCAAGCGAGCAAAGUGGAAGUGGAGCAGAUUUCCCCAGCAGAGGAUGAGCCUCUUGCUUUCAGUGGUCUGAUCAGAGUCCUGAACGUGUCUUUCCACAAAGCAGUGUACAUCAGAUCCACCAUGGACAGCUGGGCGUCCUACUUUGACCACCCUGCAGAGUACGUGCAGGGCUCUAAUGAUGGGAACACUGACCAGUUCUCCUUCAAGCUGUCCUUUGCACCUCCUUACAUCACUCACGGCUCUCGCAUUGAGUUUGUUGUGCGCUAUGAGACGUCUGAUGGAGACUACUGGGCCAAUAACUCCCACAUGAACUAUGUGGUGACUCUGCUCCUGUCCUACGAAGACGAGUUGGCUCAGAAACACACCGACAUGCAGCAGUCAAGAGGUAUCCUCAAACCUCCAAAAGCCUACAGGUAA